ACAAUCAUAAUCUGGCAACUCUUAGGUCGAAAACAAUUUCUUUUCGUUUUUUUUUUUGACUUAAAUAAAUCAAAUAAGACUGAUUUGCUCCGAUGGAGAAAGUGGAAGCUGUGACUGUGCCCACCGUGGAUGCGUACCGCCGCCUGCUCAACAAGGCGGUGUCCCAGCUGCUGUUGGACAAGGGCGCCGGCCAGGCGAGUAACCAGUGCCUGGAGACGCUCACCCAAAUGUUGCAGGCGCUGAUUGGAGAGAUUGGCAAUUCGUCGCACAACUACUGCGAACUGAGCGGACGCACCAUGCCCACCGUGGGCGAUGUCAGCCUGGCCCUCAUCAACAUGGGCAUCUCCAUCUCCAGCCUGGAUCCGUACAUGCGCAAGGAGACGCAUGUGGGCAUCCCACUGCCGCCACAACAGACCCAGCAGCGCCAGCUGAGCCUUCUCCAGGCGGGCAGCAAGUCCUCGCAUCCGCACUAUGUACCCAGCUAUUUCCCGGCCAUGCCGGAUCCACACGCCUACAUCCGCACGCCCACGCACAAGCAGCCGGUCACGGAGUACGAGGCCAUUCGCGAGAAGGCCGCCUGCCAGAAGCGCGACAUCGAGAAGGCGCUCACCAAGUUCCUCUGCAAGACCACGGAGACCAACAACCUCUUUCCCACCGAGGACAACAUGUUUCCCUUAAUUGCCUGCAAGCCAGCCUUUCCGCCCUAUGCAGCCGCCUUGAAUCCCACAGAUCAGGUGUUUGACUUCGAGGAGCUGGAGUAUCACUAUCUGGUGGCCAAUCGCACAGAAGAUGUGCCCAGCAAGGAGGACGGCGAAGAAGGCGACAGCGAGAACGAGGAGAUGGACGGCGACAAGUCCAAGGAGGAGAAGCCCGAGCUAGAGAUCAAGCCAAAUUCCACCACCAACAAGGCUAUUUUGGAGAACCCCAACAUAGAUAAUCCCUAUUUGCGUGCCGCCACGCUGCCCAAGCGUUCCAAAACUGGACCGACACCAGGAAUAAUGCCCACCAGGGGUCUGGCCGGCACGGCGCCUUCGAUACCCACUCCCUCUACCCUAGAAAUAACCAAAAAUAUCAUCUAAGUGAAGCAUGCGGUUUUAAAUAUUGUUAGAACAUUUUUAAAUUGUUUUAAAUAAAUAACAUAACUGCGCUCAUA